UUCCUGUCUGUGUGAGUUGUGAGCGAUGACAGAAAACCCAGGCUGAAUCUUUUUGGAGCCCCGAAGAGAUUUUUAACUGAGACAAUUUUUUUUCCUUUUCAAUAACCAAGAUGUUUUAAAUGUCUGGAUGCCAGUGUCCCAACUUCUGAAGGAAGACAACAAGAAGAAAAAGGAUUACUGUGUAUUUUGCACUGGACGAAUGAAUAAAAAGGAUUUGAACUUUUUUGUUGGAAGGGAGAAAAUCUGAGCUUUCAUUUUGCUACAGGAUGUUAGUGAUGGUGACUGUGUGACUGGAGGGGGUUUAAGUAGAAGAUUUUCUGAGCUGAGGUGAAUUUACUUUUGACUUUGAGCUGAGGUGAAUUUCAUUCCUUUUUCUGGCUGAGAUGAAAUCAUUUUUAAAUGUUGAGUUGAGGUGAAUUAGGUUCUAGUUUUGAAUGAGGUGAAUUUUAUUCCUUUUUCUGGCUGAGGUGAAAUUUUUAAUGUUUGAGUUGAGGUGAAAUAGGUUCUAAUUUUGAGCUGAGGUGUAUUUGAUUUGUUUUUCUGAGGUGAAUUCAUUUUCAAUGUUGAGUUGAGGUGAAUUAAGUUUAGUUUUGAGGAGAGGUGAGUUUAUUUUUGACUUUGAGCUGAGGGACAGUUGAUUUGAGGUGAAUUUUGUUUUAUAUUUUUCUAUAUAUUUUAUGUUUUGGAGGGGAGAGUAGAGUUGGGGUUUGUAGAGACUGACCUACCUCAGUGUACUUUUGCUGGCUGUUCCCCUGGAGAUGGCCGGCAGCAGCUCCGGCCCUGGCUGCAGCCCGGGAGCCGGCGCUGGGGGCGUCGCGGGUGAAGGGGCUCCGGGCCCCGGCCCCGUCCCCGGGCCUGGCUCCUCCGGCGGCAGCGGCGGCGGCUCGACCGCCUCCAACCCCCGCAAGUUCAGCGAGAAGAUCGCCCUCCACAACCAGAAGCAAGCGGAGGAGACGGCCGCCUUCGAGGAGGUGAUGAAGGAUCUAAACGUGUCCCGGGUACAGUUUCACAAACUACACCACUUACGUUUAGCACAAACCCGGGCUCAGUAUUAUGGAGGAUCAUUGCCCAACGUCAACCAGAUUGGGAACAACACAAACGACUUGGAGAUGUCAUUCCAUCCCACUCUGGAUUCUACACGAGGAACGCGGCAUCACGGUUUGGUGGAGAGGGUUCACAGAGACCGGAGUCACAUGAUAUCACCUCGCCGACGCCAGCCUGCAAUGGAUAAACAGGGCCGACAGAUUGGCAGUUCCCCAUAUGGUUCAGUUUAUCUCUCUCCACCACCGGAUACAAGUUGGAGACGGAGUCUCCUGCCAUGGGGAAAUGAGGAGAAGCCGCCUGGAUUGAGACUGAUUUCGGCCCUCAGCAGAACGAACUCUGACUCUGCUCUGCACACCAGCGCUCUGAACCCUAAUCCACAGGAUGCCUUCAUGAGCGGGAACCAGCUGUUCCCACAACAGGAGCGGCAGAAUGUAAAUUAUUGUGAUGAGAUGGACAGUCUGGGAGAAGUCUUUUCAUUCCCGGUCCUGACAAAUGAAGACAGUGUCUUAAAGUUGAACAAACCUUUACCAAAACAGCUGUGGGAAGCAAAGAAGGUUCAGUCACUGCUGUCACGUCCCAAGUCUUGCGAAGUCCCUGGCAUCAGUAUCUAUCCAUCCCCAGAGCAGAAUGUCGGAUUGUCACAUUUUCAAGGGUCACUAAACACAGGAGGCUCCCUGCCAGACCUCACAAACCUUCACUUCCCGUCACCUCUGCCAACCCCUCUGGACCCUGAAGACAGCAGCUUCCCCAAUAUCAGUGGAGGCAGCAGUACCAGCAACCUGGCUGCUACCAUGACACACCUGGGCAUCAGCAACUCUCAAGGUUUGUCCACAUCUUUGCACAGCUCUCUGAGUAACCCAUCAAUACAGGCUUCACUCAGCAACUCCAUGCUGCAGUCUCCUUUAAACAAUCACUCCCUCAGCAACCCUUCCAUCCACUCCUCACUACGGUCAUCGCUAAGCAACCCGUCCAUCCCAACCGCCUUGAAGAGUUCACCACGCCGACGGCAGACACCGGUCAGUCCACUAACACUCUCACCAGGGAUGGAGCCUCGAAGGUCCAUGAGUAAACCGUUCUCACCAACCAUGUCACCAACGUUGUCUUCGAUAGCACAAGGGGUUGCCUUGGAUACAAGUAACAUGACCAUGGAACACCUACCGCCUUAUCCCCUCUAUCAACAACUGCACCAAACUCAACACAAAGUGCAGCACCCACAGGGACAGUCACCAGUGUCUCCUCUUCAUCACCUCUCUCAGCAAUCAGCAAUCGAACUGCACUCUCCCACUAAUGACACAAUGGAAAACAUCCUCAGUGAUCCAUAUUUUGGGCAGCACUUGGUUGCCAGAAACACAAAGCCGUUGUCACAGCAGGUAUGGAAGUUUGCCAUCAACAGACCUAUGGAGAUCCCGUGCGGUCUCGGGAUAUCAGAAUGGGAUCGGGUUAUGCUGGAGCAGUUUAACAUGUUGGAAAACCCAGUCGGCACCUUAGCAAUGAGUGGCAACAGCUUCUGUAAUCCAGGCCCCGGCCUGCACUACUCACAGGCCUCCUCGGCAGGUUUGACUGGGAAUCUACAAGACCCACCUCACCUGAAACCCAACCUGCCAUACACCACCUGUACCGGGAAUAUCCCCAACAUCAUCUUAACAGGGGAUUCUCCACCUAGCCUGUCCAAGGACAUCAGCAGUGCUCUGGCUGGUGUCCCAGACAUGACCUUUGACACCGAUGGCCAGUUCCAACUGGAUGACGAGUUAAAAAUCGAACCACUUAGCCUAGAUGGACUGAGUAUGCUCAGUGAUCCGGAUCUGGUUCUGGCUGACCCCACGAUCGAAGAUACAUUUCGGACGGACAGAGUGUAACUGCCCCAACUUGUAACUUCGGAGAUGAUGGCGGAAGAGAAUAUAUCUGGACACUACAGAGUGAAGGAGAGCACUUACAGAAUGGCACAUGGGCUACAAGACUUAUUUUUGUAAUGAUUAAAGAACUAGUCACUGCUUUUGGUUUUUAACUGUAUUCAUUUCUGUGUAUGUUUAGCUGAGUUAAGGUUGAAAUAUUUUUCAAUUUAAGCUGACCAUUGCCAGACAGUAACCACCCCAGCACAGGGCACAUGAUUGUACUGUAUUUAACUUAAAUAGAUGGAAUGAAAAUUGUUUACAAAUUUCAAAUCUUAGCUUUUCACAUCAAAACCAGAAAAUUUGCAUUUUGUAAAAUGUUAUUCUUUUCAGUCUUUAAAUCUACAUCUUUCUAAACCACUACAGCUAAUUGAAGCCUCUAUUAAGAUAUGGAAUUCUUUGGCAUUGUUUCCACACUAGUAGUUGUUUGCAGUGUGGAGUAAUGAACUCCAGCAGGUCCUGGUCAUGCUCUGGGCUGUCAGCUGCUGUUAGCUGGGACAGCAAUUUGGUCAGUACUCCGUGCCACAGCGCUCUGUGUGCUGAAGGGUGAGAAAUCGGCCAAACCCCCUCACCCCUGCUGGAAUCUCCACGGAUUGAGGUGAGUCUGAUCCACUCUCGACCUUUUUAGUGGAAAUAUCGUCCGCGCAUUGGGUAAGACAUGAAGAAAGCAGCACAGGCCAAUUGACAAUCUAGUCGCCAGCGUAAGUCUGCACCUUCAGGCAGCAAGGAGAUCAUUAAAAUGAGUAUCUGAUGCUUUGCCUCAUAGAAAGUUGAUAUUUGAUGUGGAUUGAAUUUCUACUUGACCCACUGGGACCAGGAGAAACAGUCACUUGGUGUUUGGGACCAGGUUGGGGUGUAGGCACUGACCUGUCUGGCUAAUCUGAAACAUUAUCCAUUGCAAUUUUCAUUCUCGAAAACUAAGUGCACAUUAAUUUGUGAAGGAAAGCAGUUUCUGCAGUUCUAAAAAUGUUAUAAAAUGUGAGAGUUUAAAGAAGCCGAAUAGUGGUGAAAUAAGCCGUCACUUCAGAACCCAAUUUCCUUUCUUCUGUCUGGCGGAGGCUAGUGCAAUAGGCAGCUGUGACCCCUCUCUUUUUUAAUUAUAAAUAUAAUUUAUAAUUCUUUUCACAAGGCAAAUAUUCAGUUGUGUGGGAUGGGAUUUAAAUAAUAUAUAAUCAGAGUUUCUGAUAUCAGAAUGGUGAAAAGCUGUAGCUUCAAAUUGCUAUACUGUGAGAUUAACACACCCACUGAAUGCCUUAAUAGACAGAGAAUUACAAUCUGGCAGUUGUCUUUGGAGAGAAUUGAUUGUUCCUUUGUACCUUGCAGCUGGAGCUGGAAGUACACUGUAGGCCUUACCCACAGAGUUUGAAUGUUAAUAGAAUGGCAGCUAGUUACGGCUCAGGGUUUGAGAGGCUAGAACACUGCUUGUGAAAUGCUGAGAGAUUGGAGGUGAACCUCCCUCCAGACUAGGUACCAGAUUAAGCUGAAAUGCAGGUUUAUUGUUGAAAAAGAGAGUGAAAUGUAUUCAGUCUCAAUUCACCUGAGGAAAUGUGUGUUUGAUUCAUGCUGAGAGCAGGAGCCCUACCAACAAACAGAAAGUUCUAAUACCGCUCCACGUAAACCAUCUCGCCUCUCAUGGUUCAUAAAGCAUUUGUUUUUCUUUAAACAAGUUUUAUGUGAGCUUAUCAUGAACUUGCACCUCGGUGUACUCUGCCUUGACUCAUUUUGAAGACGCAAUCGAUUGGAGGAUGUCAGUGGGCAAAUUCAUUGCACAUCAGAAUUCUGCUGUCAUUGCACUACACACACUGUUUUGUUGGAUUGUAUUUCCAGAAGUAUCAGCACUGGACUCUAAUGUGUCAUUGCUGACCUUUCACCCCCAACACUGAUUCAGAGAGACUCCAGACGUUUCUAAUUCUAAUGGCCACUCAAACUCCUGAAGUCUCUUGUACUGAGUGAAAGUGUCUCUGUCUCAUAGUCUUGGACCUGAACACAGGGUCGCCUCUUCCUCCAGUUUCAGACCGUCACCUCAUCCUGGACAUUGCAACGGUUGUUUUCCCUUUAAUAGUCUGGAAACCAAAAUUUCAUGAAAUGAUCACGAGAAAGAGACAGUUCUACCCCUCUCUAGAACUCCUACAUCUCAAGACAAGAGUGAAACAAGAAAUAUUGAUACAAUAGUGGAUUGAUACAUGAAAUCAUUGAACUCAAUGUAUCAUUUUACAGUAUGUCUUCAAUGCCCUGAGUUCAAAGCAGAAUAUGUUGGGGUUAACAAUUUGAUCAAUCACAUUCUGUAAAUGUGAAGUGACUUGUCUCGUGGCCAAAGGAACCUUUCAUGAGGAAUACUGAACUGUCUUAUUUUUAGAUUCUCACUGACCUGUAUUCCCAGCCUUUUACUGUGUUUAUUUCAGCAAUUAAAUGUACAGAUAUGUCAAAUAUUCAAAAUUCUGUUUGGUUAAAUUUUAUAAAAUGGGUUUUGCUGCAGCGUAGAAAAGUGUGUUUGUUAAAAUCUUGAAAAGAGCUGUCUAUUUAUUAAUGUGCAGAGCCAGGAUAUUCCAGCCUCCUGUUUAAAAUAGAAUACAGUGGACCCAAUUUUAGGGUCUAGUCCUCCUGAGCUGUAGAGUAGGUUUUAUGGUUUGUUUAAAAUCAUCCAAUUUGUUUUUGGUGCUGGUUUAAUUCAGUUGUAUAAAUGCUUAUAACAUCUUUAUUUUAUCAUUUGUGUUUUCUUACAAAAGGUUUUUAAAUUUUUUUUGUCAGUAGGGAGUACAUUUGAACUAUUACCCCACUCAUGACUUUAAUAAAAUUCCCAAGCCUUAUCUUUCAUCUGUCUUUGUUCACAAUGCUUUGGGACUAAGGAAAGCCUUGUCUGAGCAGAUCCCAGUGCACUGUUUCAUUCUCUGAAAUGUUACAUAUCUUAAACACUUCAUGAUUUUAGUUAAAAAUCACACAACACCAGGUUAUAAUCUAACGACAGGUUUAUUUGGAAGCACUAGCUUUCGGAGCGCCGCUCCUUGAUCAGGCGGUUCGUCAGAAGGAGAAACACUCCGAAAGCUAGUGCUUCCAAAUAAAUCUGUUGGACUAUAACUUGGUGUUGUGUAAUUUUUAAUUUUGUACACCCCAGUCCCACACCAGCAUCUCCAAAUCAUGACGAUCAUGAUUUUAAUCUACCUGACCUGAUGGAUGACUGGAGUGAUGCCCCACCUGACUACGGUCUCUGAAUGGGGAGUGUAAUUGGGUAGGUUGUCAAACCGAUGUUGCAUAUUAUCCCAGAUUUCUCCAAGGAUGGUACAGGUUAAAAUUAUUCCCCCACAAUAGGCUGACCUCCCACCAUCUGGGAACAAAAUCCAUCAGUGAUUGAUUAGAAAUGAGCCUCCUGUUGUGGACCCUCACGCUGCUCUGGUGUCCAUCAGAUAUGAAUUGACUUCAGUCUGCAUUCUUAACUCAUGAUCAUGAUUCAUUGUGUCAGUUUGUGUGUGUGUCUAUGUGCAGACCUGGUGUAGUCUUGGCUUCCUAACUUGCAAAAAGCUGAUCUGUUUCACAUUCUGGUUGACGUGUAAGCAGUAUAAUUAUACAGUAAAAGUCUGCACCUUAGGAAAAAUGGAGUGAUAAUAACUGAGGUUGGCUUGAAGAAUAUGCAGCAUAGUACCUACAAUAGCCCAUCUCUUGGGUUGCUAUGUUACAGCUGGAUUGAGCUCAGUAUUAAGCUCUCGUUGCCCUUCUGACUUCUUUUAUCAUCAUUGAAUUUUAUCAGUGUCCAUUUAUUGUAAAUCCUUUUUAAUUUAUUCUGACCUCUUGAACAAUAUGUCCAUGUUAACCAAUUUUUGUGACAGCAGCUGGUCCAUUUUUUAAAAACUAAUUUUAUUAAAUAUUUACCAUUAUGUAUCUGGUUCUUGUGACCUAUCCUUUGACAUUUUGAAUUCAGUUAUUGUGAAGUGUACAGUAAUAUUUAAAUAAGACUUAUCUGUGAUCUAGUGUUACUUUUUGUAAAGUGUCAUUUUGCAUCCUGUCUUUCAAAUAAAAUAUAUCAAAACAAA